AAGAAGACAAGUAAUCUAAGGUUUUUUUUAAAAAAGACUAGUAAUCUAAGAAUACAGAGUAAUAAUAAAAGUUUGCAAAGUUUCAAGCUCGGUUCAAAUUCGAAUAAACUUAAAGGAACAAGACCGAGCUGACCAUAAUUUGGGCUCGGCUUUUCGAUUAGCACCCCUGCUCGUUUCAUUAACCUUCUUUCCAUUUUGCCCUCUUGGAGCAUUUCACUUGCGCUGCACUUCUCUCUCUUUUCCACUGAAACGUACUCUGAAUUCGCAAUUGAAGCGGCCUCUGAGCUUUCUCUCCUUCAUUGAAGCAACUUCUGAGCUUUGGGUUCUUAUGGUUGCUGUUGGUUCAAAAGCAUUACCUCUUAGAAGGACGAAGGGUCAUACUGUUGCUGAUACUUGUCGAUUGUUUGGAGAAGACGUUGGCAUUGUUAGGCAGGGAAGAAGUAGAAGUAUGCGGAGAAAGGCAGAUGGGAAACGAGGAAAUUCUGAUGGGAGUUACCAAUCUAAAGGUUCCCAUGGAAGUGAAUCUGAUGGGGCUUUUAAAGAUCAGAAAUAUCAAAAGAAGCAAGAUUUUUCGGAGGAUGCUGAGACUUCAUAUAUCAGGAAGCAGAUAGAUGCUGAAACGGUGAAAUACUUUUCUGAGAUUGCGAAUGUACUAGAAAGCGGUGAAGUAGAGUUGGAGGAGCGUUCUGUCGUAUGUGGUAAUGCUUUGGAGGAAAGCAGAGGGAAAGAAAUGGAACUUGCGACUGACCAUAUUAUCAGCCACACAAUGCAAACAUUGUUGGAUGGCUGUGACGCUGACCACCUUUGUGGUUUUCUCCGUAGUUGUGCGAAGGAUUUUGGUCGGAUUGCUAUAGAUAGGUGUGGCUCUCAUGUUGCAGAAACGGCUCUCAAUUCUCUAUCUAGUCAUCUCCAAGAUGAAGACUUCUACAAUCUAAUCAAAGAUACUUUAACCUUGCUAUGCCAGGAAAUAGUCCGAAAACCUGUAGUUGUUAUGUGCAACUGUCAUGGAUCUCAUGUGAUCCGAAGUCUUCUAUGUUUAUGCAAAGGAGUACCAUUGGAUUCAGAGUUCCAUUCUGCUAAAUCAUCUACAGUUUUAUCUAGAAGGUUGAAUCUUUAUUCUGAUAAAGAGCACAAGAAUGAGACACUGAUUGUCCAUCAAGGGUUUCCAGAUUUACUUGAGUUUGUUGUGUCUGAAAUGUUAAAGUGUAACCCAACGGAUAUUGCGGCCCUACAAGUGGACCAGUAUAGCAGUUUGGUUCUGCAGACAGCUCUGAAGUUGUUGGCAGGACAAGAGCAAGAGCUCCUCCGUAUCAUUCCUGUUAUUAUGGGCUGCAAUGUGGAGAAUGCAGAUCAAAGUUACUUCAUAGAGACAACUGAGGUUCAGAACAUCAGAGAUUUGGUAAAAGAAAGUGCAUUUAGCCAUUUAAUGGAGGUCAUAUUGGAAGUGGCUCCAGAUACUCUGUAUGAUGAGAUAUUCAUGAAAAUCUUCAAGGGUUCGUUGUAUGAUAUUUCAUGCCAUCACUAUGCCAACUUUGCUGUGCAAGCCUUAAUAUCUUAUGCAAGAAACCAAGAUCAAGUAGGUGCAAUAUGUGAGGAGCUUGGACCCAGAAUGAGGGAUCUCCUGAAAAUGGGAAGAGCAGGCGUUGUUGCAUCUUUGAUUGCAGCAAGUCAGAGACACCAUGCUUGUGAACACAAGUGCUCUAAGGAGCUUGCAGCUGCUGUAAUCAUAGCUAACGAGGAUCCGAAUUGCAUUGUACCUCGAUUACUAUUACUUGAUAAUUACUUAUUCUCCAAGGAUAAAGCAAACUGGAGCUGGACAAGUGGCUGUAGAGUACAUGUUAUGGGCUCUCUGAUUCUGCAAUCACUAUUUAAGUAUCCAAGUGACUGUAUACAACCUUACAUCACAAGCAUCACAUCAAUGGACAGCUCUCAUGUCCUGGAAGCUUUGAAGGAUUCUGCAGGAGCACGUGUUAUUGAAGCGUUUCUGGGUUCAAAAGCUCCUGAAAAACAGAAGAAGAAGUUGAUUAGCAAGUUGAAGGGUCAUUUUGGAGAGCUUGCAUUGCAUCCAUCGGGCUCUUUCACUGUUGAAAAGUGCUUCAAUGCUAGUGAUGUUCCAUUAAGAGAAGUGAUAGUUUCUGAUAUGCUUGGUGUUCAGAAAGAACUUUCUAGGACAAGGCAGGGUCCUCUUCUCCUGAGGAAUCUUGAUGUCGAUGGUUUCUCAAGACAACCCGAACAAUGGAGAUCUAGACAGAAGUCUAAACUCACAGUUUACAAGGACUUUUUAGCCGAAUUUGUUGAUGCAGAAAGUGUCUCCUGGGAAAAAAAGAAUCCUCCUACUGCCGAUCUUUCUAAGAAAGCAACCCAGCAAACGAAUAUAAAGAAGAUGAGGCAAGAGAUUGACACUGUCUUGGCAUCAUUCACAAGCUCAGAUUCUUCAAAGAAGCAUAAAAAACAGAAAAAAUCCGGUAAAGAACAGGCUGAUAAUGAUGUUGAACAGAAACCGGCUGCUGACAAGAAAAAGCGUAAGCAUCGCCAGAAAGAUGACCUGUCAAAGUCUUCUCGGAAGAAGCUCAAAUCCUGAACUUGCAGAUGCUGUAACAGCUAUAUCUGCUUAAAAUUUUGUUGCUCUGUAUUGUAAUUGUUUUCAUAGAAAAUUAUCUUUGUAACAAUUCCCUUUUUCUGUGUAACAAUAAUAUCUAGGAAAUUUUGACAUUGGAAAGUUUUAUGAAUUAAAUUAUUGAUCUUGGCUUUGAGAAUUCUACCAUCA